AUGGCGAUUCUGUACGCAUUGGUGGCGAGAGGCACGGUGGUGCUGGCGGAAUUCGGCGCCGUCACCGGCAACACCGGCGCCGUGGCUCGCCGGAUACUCGAGAAGCUGCCGGGAGAGGCCGACUCCAGACUUUGCUUCUCUCAGGAUCGCUACGUCUUUCACAUUCUCCGAUCCGAUGGCGUCACCUACCUAUGCAUGACCAACGACACCUUCGGAAGGAGAAUCUCUUUCUCGUACUUGGAAGAUAUCCAAAUGAGGUUUAUGAAGAACUAUAGUAAAGUGGCCCACUACGCACCAGCUUACGCAAUGAAUGAUGAGUUUUCAAGGGUUUUGCAUAAGCAAAUGGAAUUCUUUUCUAGUAAUCCUAAUGCUGAUACCCUCAAUCGUGUGAGGGAUGAAGUUGGUGAGAUACGCACUAUCAUGGUAGAAAAUAUUGAGAAAAUAUUGGAGAGAGGUGAGCGGAUUGAGCUUCUUGUUGAUAAGGCAGCAACAACGCAGGACAGUGCAUUUCACUUUAGGAAACAGUCCAAGCGCCUUCAAAGAGCCAUAUGGAUGAAAAAUGCCAAACUCUUGGCGCUAUUGACAUGCUUGAUUGUUCUGUUUCUUUACUUAAUAAUUGCUGCUUGUUGUGGAGGCAUCAGUCUACCGUCCUGCAGAUCCUGAUUGAUACACUUGCUGGUUUAUUUAUCUGCUGAGCUUGGCAAUUAUCACGAUGAUUCAUGUCAAAUAUUGGUAUUCCAGAUUCAAAUUUAUGUGCUGAUUGGGAGGGUAUGAUAAAAGUUCCACAAACAGUGGCAUAUUUCCUUGCUUAUGUCGUUCUUGGUUCAGUAUUAUAAAAGUAUAUGCUUGAGCCUGAUAAGGUUUUAUAUUAU